AUGAGUUUACCAGCAACACAUACAGAAAUCAGCGCCCAUCCUUCAAGGAUGGGUGUCACAACCGCCGCUUCAGGAGCAGAGCUUGAAGCUGAUAUCCAAAGGAAAUUGAAACUAUGGGGUGUAUUCGAGGCUUUCCGAGAUGGACGUCUCCCUGACAACCACCAAAUCGACAAAGUCCUCGCAUACGGUGUAUCUCACUCCCCUGUUCAACUGAACAAGCUUUCACCUGAAGGACGAGUCCUUGUUGAUGACUUCCGAGACAUCAUCGAGACCCUCAGAGCUAUUGUAGCUGAAAAGAACGACGAUGAGCUCUUCCAAAAUGCCGUCUGGUCAUCAUACUCUGGUGAUGCUACCAGAGCCAAGCAAAGUGGUGUCGUUCCCGUAUCAAAAGGUGAUGCCAAAGCCGAUGCCAACCAAGCCGCUGCCCACCUCCGAGUCCUCAUCACUCUUUUCCUUACCAACUCUGAAGCCCGAAAGCUUUUGAACGAUUUCGGAAUCAUUGGCCGAGACAUCUUCGCUACCGGCGCUGCCAAGGCUGCCGACAAAGCCCGACCAAACCAAGAGCAACUUGACAAUGUUGACCAAGAAGCCCCUUCCAAGGAAUGGAUCGGUGCCGACGGAAAAAGACUCGGUCCCAACGACACUCCUGAGCUCCAAGUCAAGGGCCCUAACGGUGCUCAAAUAAGUUACAACCCUAAAGACGAUCCUAGAGAUGCCAAGGUUGUUGACACCGACGGUAACGCUCGAUCUGCUGGUCACGUUUACGACAAAGCUCAAGAGAAGAAGGAGGAGGCCAAGGCCAAAAAGGAUGAGAAGAAAGCUGAAGCCGACCGAAACACUCCAUCUUCUGGUGAAGCCAAGGAUGCCGCCCGUGGUCACGCUGCCGAUCUCAACAACGCUCGAGACCCCAACGCUUCCUACUCCACUCAAAAGGACCAAGUUCUUGGCCGAGCCAACGAGAAGACCCCCAGUGACGUCGACACGCAAGGUGGUAACGUCAACCGAGACACCGGUGCUGACAAAGAGCAAGCUAAGGAUGCCGCUCGAGGAAAGGUCAACCAACUCAAAGAGAGAAUCCCAGAAGAGCACCGAGCCCGAGCUUCCGACGCUCUCCAAGACACCAAGCAAUUCUUCAAGGAGCAACUUCCUGAAGAGCGAAGAGAUCAAUUCAUCUACAGAUUGAAGAAGGUCGUUGUUGAAUGCCAAGAACACAAAGACUACCAAGAAGCCAUCUCAUGGCUCCUCGACACCCUUGAGAACUACCAAGGUCACGCCAAACACGUUGCCAACAAAGGUGUAGGAUCUGCUCAAGCUAUCACCGAAGACCCCUCAAUCAGCGACUCCACUCUCAAAUUCCGAACUCUCCUCGAGAGAUUCGCCAAUGGUCGAUCAAUGGACGGCAUCACCGAUGCGCUUGAUCAAAUCUACUCUGAUGCUCGAAACGAUGAGCGUCUCAGAGGUUACUUCACUCGACUCAACGACUACGUCCACCGAGUUCUCCUCGAGCCCGGAUACAUCCUUGAAGACGAGUCUGACCGAGAAGCUACCCAACUCAAAGAAGACGGUAAAUCAUUCUUCACCGACAAAUACAAGGGUCACCAAGAGACACUCUUCGAUGAGAUCCAAGUUUGGUUCACUUCAUUCAACGAUGAUCCCCUCAACAGACGAUUCGGUGAAGACUUGAAGAGAUUAUUCAAGGACUUGCUUUUCAACUCCGAAGGUAACCUCACUUUCAAACCCAAGCUCUGGAACGAUGUUCGAAGCGUCUUGCUUCCAACCUUCAUCAGCCAAAUCGGUUACGUCCCCAUUCCUCGAGCCGAGUACAGUGACGAUAAAAUUGACUUGGUAAUCGAGAACCUUGUUCUUAGUGGUCCUAACCUCUUCCCCAAUGUCAUUUUCCUCGAAGCCCAAAACAGUUUCAGAUUCAGCCCUUACCCUAACAUCAACAAGCAAAUCCCUGACCUGCAUCACCACCGAUUCAGACUCUCUCUCAGUCAAAUUCAAGCUGAUAUUCGAGAUGUUGCCUUUGCUUUCCGAAGAAAGUCUGGUUGGCCUAAGAUCUCUGACCACGGUCUUGCAGAUGUUGUCAUCGCUGGUAAAGGUAUCGGAAUCGAUGUUGAGUUGGAAUCAGUAGACAACCGAAGAGACUCCGUCUUCAAGGUCAACCACGUCAACGUUGAAAUUGACACUCUGAAAUUCAGCAUCAGAGACUCCAAACACGACUUGUUAUACAAGUUCGUCAAAUCUAUCGCUACUGGUCUUAUCAAGAAGGCAAUCACUGCUGCCGUUCAAGUCGCCAUGCGAACUGCUCUCGGCCACCUUGAUGACCAACUUGUUGAAAUCAGAAACCGAGUUGAUGACGCUAAACAAUCCGACGAGACAACCAGAACUCAAGCUCUCAAGGACCUUUACGCCAGAAAGAAGAGAACCGCUGAAGAAACCGCAAAGGAGGCUGACGCUAAGACCGGUACUUUCAAGAUCGUUACCGACCGAGAAUCACAGCUCAACCCCGACCUCACUCACUCCGCCGAGAAGUCUUCUGCCAAGAGAUUGUUCAAGACUCAAGACUUUGCCUCUUCAGGUACUGAUUGGAAGAGCAAGGCUUUCGAUCUCUUGGAUAACCAACAUCCUGCUGUCACCGGUGUACAUCACCCUGACACCAAACCAGGUGCUCACACUCAAAACACCAACGCAGUAGAUGCCGCUCGAAGACAGUAG